GUUGUUUAACAGGCACGGAGACAACGUUGACCCCAAAGUUUAUCAGAUGAAGCAGUCUGGAGUUCAGAAAAUAAUCAUCGCUCCAGUAUCAUUUAAACUAAAGAUACCAAUUCGCGCGGUUGUGAGGCGCGUGCGCAGUUCGAGCCGGUUUGAUAUCUACAUACAUAUUUAUAAUGGGUGGUAACUAUUCCGCGAUGGAUCCGAUGGAAGUUCCUGUCCCGGACCUAACGAAAUUAUUCGAAAGAGAUGGUUAUUUGAAGCCGUACGAACGGGAAAUUCGUCGCAGAUAUGCGUGCUACAAGGACCUCUGGGAACGCAUCGAGUCUUGGGAGGGAGGCGUGGAGGGCUUCACCCGAGGGUACAAGUACUUCGGGCCACAGUUCCACGCAGACGGAUCAGUAACAUGGAGAGAAUGGGCGCCGGGUGCCCACACCAUGCAUCUGCAGGGAGAAUUCAACGGCUGGAACUCAAAGAGCCAUCCAUUCAAGAAGCUGGAAUUCGGCAAAUGGGAGUUGCACAUUCCCGCCAAUCCUGACGGCUCCUGCGCCUUCAAGCACGACAGCCGAGUCCAGAUCAUCGUGAAUGACCACCUCUACAGGAUCUCUCCCUGGGCCAGCUACGUGAAGCCGUUCGAGGGAUUCACGUAUCAGCAUUUCAUUUACAAGCCAGAGCAGCCAUACCAAUUCAAACACCAGAAGGUGGAUAAGCCAGCGUCACUCAGGAUUUACGAAUGCCACGUUGGUAUCGCCACUUCUGAAGGCAGAGUUGGCACCUACACUGAAUUCAAAGACAACAUUCUACCCAGGAUAAAGAAACAAGGAUACAAUGCUAUCCAGCUCAUGGCCAUCAUGGAACACGCGUAUUACGCGUCAUUCGGAUACCAAGUCACAAGUUUCUUUGCGGCUAGCAGUCGCUACGGCACCCCUUGCGAGCUGAAGCAGCUGAUCGACAGGGCGCACGAGCUCGGGCUCUACGUGCUUCUAGACGUGGUCCAUUCUCACGCCUCCAAGAACACCCUGGACGGGCUUAACGAGUUCGACGGAACCAACUCGUGCUACUUCCACGAUGGGCCGCGCGGCACGCACUCGCUUUGGGACAGCAGGCUGUUCAACUACUCAGAAACUGAAGUCCUCAGAUUUUUGUUAUCCAAUCUCCGGUGGUAUCAAGAAGAGUACCAGUUUGAUGGAUUCAGGUUCGACGGCGUGACGUCAAUGCUGUACCACAGCCGCGGCAUCGGCGAGGGCUUCUCGGGGCACUACGACGAGUACUUCGGGCUCAACGUCGACACCGAAGCGCUCAUCUACCUCAUGCUCGCCAACAUGCUCGUGCACAAAACUGACAACAGGGCCAUCACCAUUGCUGAGGACGUAUCCGGCAUGCCCGGGUCCUGCAGACCAGUGACAGAGGGUGGCACCGGGUUCGACUACCGGCUGGGCAUGGCCAUCCCCGACAUGUGGAUCAAGCUGCUGAAGGAGGAGCGCGACGAGGAUUGGAAAAUGGGCCACAUCGUGCACACGCUCACGAAUCGACGCUGGAUGGAGGGGACCGUGGCUUAUGCUGAGAGCCACGAUCAGGCGCUAGUAGGCGACAAGACGAUCGCCUUCUGGCUGAUGGACGCGGCAAUGUAUACGCACAUGAGCACCUUAAGCGAGCCCAGCGCCGUCAUCGAGCGCGGCCUCGCGCUGCACUGCAUGAUCCGCCUCAUCACGCACGCGCUGGGAGGCGAGGCGUACCUCAACUUCAUAGGCAACGAGUUCGGUCACCCCGAGUGGCUGGACUUCCCGCGCGCGGGCAACAACUCGUCGUACCACUACGCGCGCCGCCAGUGGCAGCUGGUGGACGACGACCUGCUCAAGUACAAGUUCCUCAACCAGUUCGACCGCGACAUGAACGAGCUAGAUGAGAAGUACCGUUGGCUCGCCUCCGACCCUGCCUACGUAUCUUGCAAGCACGAGGGCGACAAGGUGAUCGCGUUCGAGCGGGCUGGCCUGCUGUUCGUGUUCAACUUCAACGCCUACCAGAGCUUCACGGACUACAGGAUCGGCGUCAAUCAAUCGGGCAAUUAUAAGGCUGUACUUUGCUCCGACAGUAAGAAAUACGGAGGUUUCGGCCGUGUAGAAACUGAUGGUGACUCCCAUUUGACGCAAGGCACACCUUGGGCCAAUCGAAAUGAUUCUAUACAGGUUUACAUCCCUACCCGUACUGCAAUAGUGUAUGCCCGAAGUGAUUAAAUAUUACUAAGUUUUUAAUUAAUUUUAUUUCUGAUAAUGUUGAUUUUAUUAUACAAGUUUUGGUUCUUU